UGAUCUGCUUAGCCAAUCUGCUCUGCUCUGCCGAUUGUACCUUCUUCCAGCCAACAAUAGUGACUUUGAAAUCGGCUGCGGCUGAAAAUAUUGUUUGAUUGGUGGCUUAGUAGUUGCUAAUAACGCAAAGUGGCGGCUGUAAAAAGUAGGUACAAGUGGCGGCGGCUUCUCGCUAAUGGCGGCGGCUUUGACCUCUAAUAUUGUUUCACUUAGAUUGUUAGUAAUUAAAAAAAUGAAUAAUAUAAAUGAACUGGGUAAUCAAACAGAUACUUUGUCACCAUCUGCUAUGGUUGUCCAAUCGACUCGGCCUUCCACUGAUAACAUCCGUUUUAUUUUUAGUUCCAUCUACAUCUGAAACAGUUGUUUCAUCAACAUCUACCACAUUUAGAAAGUUUAAAAGCUAUUUCUUUGUUCACUUUGUAUGUAAUAUGUGUAUCUGCAUCUACAUCUGCUUUGGUUGGUUGGAGUUCAACAACAAACUUGCUUUACCUAAUGGCAAGCCACAAAACUUGUUGUACUUGUUUGCAAGCCACAAAACUUGCUGUAUCUAUUUGCAGUCUUGUAACAUGGUAUUGGGCAGAAGGGGGGGGGCGGCUUACACUCUUUCAUGAAGGCAAUUUAUACACCACUGUAACAUGGUAUUAGGCGGAAGGUGGGGGGGGGGGAGCCGGCUUACACCCCCUUUCAUGAAGGCAAUUUAUACACUACUGUAACAUGGUAUUGGGCGGAAGGGGGCGGCUUACACCCCUUUCCAUGAAGUCAAUUUAUACACCACUAGUUACUAUUUUUCCAAGUAUCGAAAUAUAUUUUUUAUUUUUUA